ACACUACAGUAUCAUACCUUGUCGGAUCCCCAAACCAACAAUCCAGACCCGAAUAUCAUCCUUGUUUCUGCCUCCACUGUUGUUGACAAUUCAAACCUCUCUUUCUUCCUUCAUUACUCUUUAUCGUGUUUACUACGUUUGAUUCCUAUACCUACCAAAUAAACCCUCUCUUUACUCUUCAACUCAAUUCUCACCCUCCCAAAUCACUAUCCACACCCUCUUCUUCCACACCCCAUUUUUCAUACAAUAAACCACUUGGGUCUAACUUUUUACUCUCAAAACCUUGAUUUCCACAUCUGAUUUGUGUAAAGUUUUCAUCUUUACUUCAAACUAGAACUGGGUUUUGGUCCAAACAAUCUCAACAUCAAGGUUAUGAUUUAAUUUUGAUAUAAAUUUAUACUCUUUUUUUUUUAUGCUUUGUGUUUACUAUGGCUUCUUAUAAGAAACCACGUCUUAGAGAUUUGGCUUUGCGUCGUUUAUUAUCUGUGGUGUUUCUUACUUUAUGUGGGGUUUUGAUAUUGAUAUUUUUACUUGGAUCAAAUUCAAGUACAACUAUUGAAACUAAUGAAUCACAAAGUGUUGAUGAUGGUGCUGGUUAUCGUCGCGAUUUGAAGUUUACGAAGAUGCAAAAUCUUCCACAGCAGAGUGAUUUGUCGAAAAAAUUGGAAAAGUUGAAUUUGUUGCCACCAAGGAAUUUGGAUUUGUAUCCAAAUAUUGGUAAAGAUGCUAUCAUUGUUGUUUUGUAUGUUCAUAACCGGCCGCAGUAUCUUAAAGUGGUUGUUGAGAGUCUUGCUAAGGUUGUAGGGAUUAAUGAGACUUUGUUGAUUGUUAGUCAUGAUGGUUACUUUGAGGAAAUGAAUAAGAUCAUUAGUGGUAUUAGGUUUUGUCAAGUUAAACAGAUAUAUGCUCCGUAUUCGCCUCAUUUGUUUCCGAAUAGUUUUCCGGGGGUUUCGGUUGGUGAUUGUAAGGAGAAAGAUGAUGCGAAAGAGAAGCAUUGUGAAGGGAAUCCUGAUCAGUAUGGGAACCAUCGGGCGCCGAAGAUUGUGUCGUUGAAGCAUCAUUGGUGGUGGAUGAUGAAUACAGUAUGGGAUGGAUUGAGUGAGACUAGAGCGCAUUCUGGGCAUGUUCUUUUUAUUGAAGAAGACCACUUUAUAUUUCCCAAUGCGUAUCGGAAUUUACAGAUUCUAACUUCGUUGAAGCCUAUGAAAUGUCCUGAUUGUUAUGCUGCAAAUUUAGCACCUUCUGAUGUGAACUCGAGAGGUGAAGAGUGGGAUAGUUUAGUUGCGGAGAGAAUGGGAAACAUAGGUUACUCGUUUAAUCGAACGGUUUGGAAGAAAAUACACAAUAAAGCUAAAGAAUUUUGUUUCUUUGAUGAUUAUAAUUGGGAUAUCACUAUGUGGGCGACUGUUUAUCCGUCGUUUGGUAGUCCUGUCUACACGUUACGAGGCCCAAGGACUAGUGCUGUUCAUUUUGGGAAAUGUGGUUUGCAUCAGGGUCAGGGGGAGAAUAAGGCUUGCAUUGAUAACGGCAUGGCGAACAUUCGUGUAGAUGAUCAUGAUAAGGUUUCGAACAUUGAUUCAGAUUGGGAUGUUCAUGUCUAUAAAAAUCAGCCUGGUUAUAAAGCCGGGUUUAAAGGUUGGGGAGGUGGGGGGAUGACAGAGACCGUCACUUAUGCUUGAGCUUUGCUGACAUGUAUCGCUCCUCCAAAGGCACUGUAACACCCUUGUAAGAGUUAAGUUUCUGGUAGCUUUCAUCAAUACUUGUUUUUAUUUUUAAUUUGGUCAACGUGAGGAAAUUAGGUUCUUCGAUAUGUGAAUUCACUUUACAAACAGUUUUAGGGUCCAUAGUUAAUUUGAUAGUUAACACUGAAUGGAUUUUCUCUCAUAUUGGUUCUUCCUCAGACGAAAGAAUCUUUUGUACUAUGUUUUCAUACAUAUCAGUCAUUGGAUCGGAAGGUAUUCAUAGUUAUCCACUUAUGCGAAUUGGAGAGUAACUUUUUUGUAUGCA